AUGGGUGCAAGUGUAUCGUGGUUAUCAGGAAUGUUGUGGUCGAAGAAGGAGAUUAGGAUAUUGAUCCUUGGUCUGGACAAUGCGGGAAAAACUACACUCUUAUAUCGACUGAAGAUUGGAGAGGUCGUCACAACGAUACCAACGAUAGGGUUUAAUGUUGAGUCUGUCACAUACAAGAAUCUAAAUUUUAAUGUCUGGGAUCUCGGGGGCCAAACAUCUAUCCGGCCGUACUGGCGUUGCUACUACGCCAAUACAGCAGCCGUAAUCUUCGUCAUCGACUCGACCGAUAUCGACCGUCUAGGCACAGCUUCAGAAGAAUUAGCAGCGAUGUUGAACGAGGAUGAAUUAAAGGACGCCGCGUUGCUAGUGUUUGCGAAUAAACAGGAUCAGCCUGGGGCUAAGGGCGCAGGGGAGAUCAGUGAAGCUUUGAAGCUGGGGGAGUUGAGGGAUCGGAACUGGAGUAUUGUUGCCUGUAGUGCGGUGGAUGGGAGAGGUGUUGAUGAAGGAAUGGAUUGGCUUGUGCAAACCGUGCAAUCCGAAUCAUAA